AUGGGUAAUCAAAGAAUAGGACGACCUAGUGAUAAGCUUGGUGUCAUAGUUGUGGAUGAAAAUCUAUGCCAUGCCAACGCUGCAAGACGCCUGCUUGUCAAACUCGACUUCCAAGUGCUGGUUUAUACAAGUCCCGUUGAAGCACUCAAGUUUCUUAAGGACCACAUAAAAGACAUUGAUUUUGCAUUGGUGGCGGUGAACAUGAAAGAGAUGCAUGGUUUUCAGUUCCUCGACAUUUCCAGGAAGUCCCAUAAAAACCUUCAAGUGAUCAUGAUGUCAGUUGAUUUGACGUGGCCAACAGUGAAGAGAAGUGUCGAGCUUGGUGCACGUUUUUUGGUCAAGAAGCCUCUCGAUGCAAAUACGAUAAAUAACAUAUGGCAACAUCUUGACCUAAAAUUUUAUUGGAGGGAGAAGAUUGAAUACUUAUUCCAAGGAAUUGAACCAAAAAACGAUGAUGUAUUUGAGAGUGAGAACAAAUUUGGAGAAGGUAAAAGGAAGGUAGCCCAUCUCAUGUGGACUCCAUUUCUGCAGAAGAAAUUUUUACAAGCUCUUGAACUUCUUGGGGAAGCCGCGACUCCAAGGAAGGUACAGCUGAUCAUGAAUGUAAACUCCAUUGGUCGCAAACAAAUUUCUGCUCAUCUUCAGAAACACCGAAAGAAGGUCGAGAAGGAAUUACGUAACACAGAUGCAAAGAAGUGUAGCAAUGACCCUGAGAUCCAACCAGCAAAUAUAUCUGAUGAAGAAAUGUCCUGGGAUGAGACAGGAAACACCCAAGAAACACAAGGCAAGACUAUGUAUGAAGCAAUGCGAAGAGCCUUGAAGCUUGGGACUGUUUUUGAUGAAUCGCAGCUACCCAAUGAUCCUUUUGGCAGACAAGCAAGCAAAGGUGAAGUAGAUAUGACGGGAGAUGGCUAUGGUCGAGAUGAUUGGACAUAUGCAUUUGGUGGAAACAGUGUGGUAUCUGAAACUCAAAAUGCAGAAAACGCAAAAGGGGUCAUGGGGACUAAGUGUGAUUCUGACAAGCAGGUUCCUAAUGGUGAUGCGCAGGCACAAGUUAUGAAGCUUGUGACCUAUUCAGACUCUGAAGAUGGUGAAGCGUUCUAA